GUUGCAUGGGUAAUAGUUUAAGAAAAAAUCACAUUAAAAUAGCCAAACUCCAACAGUAAGGUCAUUUCAUCACACAAGUGAAUGAAUCAUAACUGUUGAAUUUCUUUCCUCAGACAGUUCAUAGCUCUGUUUUUAUUAUGUUUUGGUUACCAUAUGAAUAAACUUUACGGCACGAGUAGUUUAUGGGGGCAGAAAUGGACGUUAACGGAUGAUGUCUUAAGCAACAGAUGUUUUGCUGUGCAAUUCUUCACUUUAAGAGGCUUCCAUUAAGUGAAAAUAUAAAUGAAUACAAUUCAGUUAAUGACUAUGAUGAUUCGAUUAAAACACUGGAUCGUAGCAACACUGUUUCCCCAAGAACUAAAUUAAACAUGUGGGUAUUUCAUUAGCUGCCUUGAAAAAACAGAUUUUUUUUUUUCUUUUUAAAUUAGAGAUUUACACGACAAUGGCCAGGCCACAACAGUGUCAUAGAUGAACUCCUCUGUUUUCGUAUGUUGCUGAAGCUUCCAGCUUUUGAUGGUGACAGGAGCUGAAAAGUCAUAGUUCCGUAUUAGCUUCAGAAAAUCCAGGCCAUCCCUCUUCGUUGGGGGACGGUCACAGUUCGCAUCCUCCUGGCAAGAUAAAUAUAUAGACGAGCGGGAAAAGAAAGCUUUGUUCGAAUGAAUGAAAUUUCCGUCUUCCCCUGAUCUGUUUUUCCUUGCUGUGUCCCCUAAUUUGCAGCGGAUACUACGUGUAAAGCCAGGCGAUGUGUAGCUCAUUCUCUUCUUUCAGAUAUUGGUACCCUGACGUUAGGAGAAAACUUGGGCAGCGUUUUUUUUGUGUGUGUUUUUGUUUCUCUCUCUCUCUCUCUUUUUUUCUCCCAAGUACUUAGAACUCUUGUCAAACGAGCUAGAAACCGCAGACUUCUUUUACUGCUCCGGGAAAAACCUCACCCGUUGAAAAGUGAAGAAAAGUUAUCAUUGAUAAGCCAGUUUAGGAUUUGGGAAAUACUUAACCGUUCUCUACUCCCUGGUUUCUCCAAAGCCUCCCGUUGAGAUGACAGCGCUUCCGCCGCGAGUAGCAUGGAGGUGACGGACCGCAUUGCCUCCCUGGAGCAGCGCGUCCAGAUGCAAGAAGACGAUAUCCAGCUGCUCAAAUCGGCGCUGGCCGACGUGGUCCGGCGGCUGAACAUCACGGAGGAACAGCAGGCGGUGCUGAACAGGAAAGGACCUACCAAAGCAAGACCACUGGUGCAGACCUUGCCCUUAAGAACCACCAUCAACAAUGGCACCGUGUUACCAAAGAAACCCAGUGGCUCUCUGCCGUCCCCCUCCGGGGCCAGGAAAGAAACUGCUGUGGCAGCGGCAGCCAAAAGUACCAUCAAGAGGACCAGCUCCUCCGAGCGAGUAUCUCCUGGCGGUCGAAGGGAAAGCUGCGGAGAUUCCAAAGGAAACCGAACCCGCACGGGAUCUACAAGCAGCACUUCCAGCGGCAAAAAGAACAGUGAAAGCAAACCCAAGGAGCCCGUCUUCAGCGCAGCGCUUCUGUCCCUGUCUCCGAAAUCACAAGGGAAACGCCGGGUGAUACACUGCAAAGAAGAAGGAUACGUAAAAAUGUUUCUUCGCGGACGCCCUGUUACCAUGUACCUGCCCAGAGAUCAAGUGGACUCUUAUAAUUUGGAAGCAAAGGUAGAGCUUCCCACCAAGAGACUGAAACUGGAAUGGGUCUAUGGGUACCGGGGUCGCGACUGUCGUAACAACCUGUACUUGCUUCCAACGGGGGAGACGGUGUACUUCAUCGCCUCCGUGGUGGUGCUGUACAACGUCGAGGAACAGCUCCAGAGGCACUACGCCGGCCACAACGACGAUGUGAAGUGCCUAGCGGUUCACCCUGACAGGAUCACGAUAGCAACGGGACAAGUCGCUGGUACAUCUAAGGAUGGAAAACAAUUGCCCCCACACGUGCGCAUCUGGGAUUCCGUGACGCUGAACACACUGCAUGUCAUCGGAGUUGGGUUUUUUGACCGAGCCGUUACCUGUAUCGCGUUCUCAAAAUCUAAUGGAGGAAGCAAUCUCUGUGCCGUGGAUGACUCCAACGAGCACGUACUGUCCGUGUGGGACUGGCAGAAAGGAGAACGGCUGGCCGACGCAAAGUGUUCUAACGAAGCUGUAUUUGCUGCGGAUUUCCACCCCACGGACACGAAUAUAAUAGUUACUUGUGGAAAAUCACAUCUCUACUUUUGGACCUUAGAAGGAAACUCCCUUAUUAAGAAGCAAGGACUGUUCGAGAAGCAAGAAAAGCCAAAGUUUGUCCUCUGCGUGACUUUUUCUGAAAAUGGCGACACCAUUACUGGAGAUUCAAGUGGCAACAUCUUGGUGUGGGGAAAAGGUACAAAUCGGAUAAGCUAUGCAGUUCAAGGGGCCCACGAGGGUGGCAUUUUUGCACUUUGUAUGUUAAGGGACGGCACACUGGUGUCGGGAGGAGGGAAAGACCGAAAGCUCAUUUCUUGGAACGGAAACUAUCAGAAACUUCGUAAAACUGAGAUUCCAGAACAGUUUGGUCCAAUCCGGACGGUGGCCGAGGGGAAGGGGGAUGUGAUCUUGAUAGGCACAACCAGAAACUUUGUUCUGCAAGGCACCUUGUCAGGGGACUUUGCACCCAUCACUCAGGGUCACACUGAUGAGCUCUGGGGACUGGCCAUCCAUGCCUCAAAACCUCAAUUCUUGACCUGUGGGCAUGACAGGCACGCCACCCUCUGGGACGCUGUUGGCCACCGGCCCGUCUGGGACAAAAUAAUAGAGGAUCCAGCUCAGUCUUCUGGUUUUCAUCCUUCAGGGUCUGUGGUUGCAGUUGGAACACUGACUGGGAGGUGGUUUGUGUUUGACACGGACACAAAAGACUUGGUCACCGUUCACACAGAUGGAAAUGAACAGCUCUCCGUAAUGCGUUACUCCCCAGACGGGAACUUCUUAGCAAUCGGCUCCCACGACAACUGCAUCUACAUCUACGGGGUCAGCGACAACGGGAGGAAGUACGCUCGCCUUGGCAAGUGCUCGGGUCAUUCCAGCUUCAUUACUCACCUGGACUGGUCUGUGAACUCACAGUUCCUCGUGUCCAAUUCCGGAGACUAUGAAAUCCUGUACUGGGUGCCCUCUGCUUGUAAGCAAGUCGUAAGUGUGGAAACCACGAGAGACAUUGAAUGGGCUACGUACACCUGCACCUUGGGGUUCCACGUCUUUGGAGUGUGGCCAGAAGGCUCGGACGGAACCGACAUCAACGCUGUCUGUCGGGCCCACGAGAGAAAACUCCUGUCCACCGGCGAUGACUUCGGCAAAGUGCAUCUCUUCUCUUACCCCUGCUCACAGUUCAGGGCUCCUAGCCACAUCUACGGUGGACACAGCAGUCACGUCACCAACGUCGACUUCCUCUGUGGCGACAGCCAUCUCAUCUCCACGGGUGGCAAGGACACAAGCAUCAUGCAGUGGCGGGUCAUUUAGUCCCAGCGAGAACCACGGGGAGCAGAACAGGGGCCGGCACGGACUCGUGCUCCGCCCCGCCACUGUGAUUUCUGUUUUGUUUGAGAAGUUCUGACAAACCUCAGGAAAACCACUCCCUCUACCAGUCACCUUAGCUUAGCGCACCAGUGAGCGUCACACCGGAUCAGUGGUUCACGGUUCUCCUCUGUUGUACAGUCUAGAAAACAGUGCACAUUUAAUAUUAAAAAAGAUGCCAAGGUUUACAUUACGGCCAUAGCAACGGAAGUGACUGGCAUAUCCUUCGUAACUUUUCUACGAACCCGUCAAACCUGGUCACAGAAUGCCUUUUAAAAUAUUGUACAUAGGCUUUCCUAUUGCACCAUCUAGCGCGCCAAGUCAAGUAUUUAUGAACACGAUGAGGUACCGAGUUGUGAUCGCCGUUGGCUAAUUGGUCCUGAAAAGGAUAAACCGAACGUGAAAGGGAGUGGGUGACUGAUUCGCACAGCUGGAUCAGGCAGUGCAGAUAGGACUUCAUUGGGCUACAUUUUCGAAGCGUUCGCUCAGUCCUCCCUCUGGGAGGCUGACGAGAAAGGGGUUGGAUUCUCCUUGUGUUAAGCAGAUUGUGCUCCCGGUCAAUUAAGCAUGUCAGCAGGGCAUAUGGGCAUUGCAGAGUUUCAGUCACACUGUCCGCCUGACCGGAUGCAGUCAGCCGCUUCACACCCUUCUGUUCCCCACUCACGUGGCCUGGAGAGUGGCAAAGACAUUGAGCCACCUUCCCCUGUAUAGUAAUUGGCAUGAUACGGUAUUGUACUUGUAUAGGACUAUAGCAAUUCCUAAUAAAUACAGAAGGCUAGGCUUUACUAUUUUAUGCUCAUGGACAUUGUAUAUUUGUAUUUUAAGACCAAGCAGACCAAGUCAAAACGGUAUCUCUUAAGUGUACAAUAAACCCACGGCGGGGAGAAGUUCUGGAAGGUUCCACCAGGUACCAAGGGCAGCUUCUUUUCCUGUCUCUUGUGCCUGGAUGGCUCAUUACGCUACAAGAUAAGAUUGCGUUCUGACGACUAAAACACAGAUGGCAUACAUUUGUCAAGAAGGCCUUGUCCAUUUGGACUGUGUGACAGAUUGAAAUUUAUUGUUUCCAUUGGGGAAUGUAUCUCAGAUUUUAAAAUAGAAGAGUAAUAAACAGACUUCAAAACAAAUGCUAAGAUUUCUCCUUGUUCUAGGCCAGGAAAUGAGUGGAAUUACCUGACCUCCACGGUGCUGGUUGUUCAGAGUGGCUGAUUAAGCACAACACUUGGAAGCAUUUCUAUCACAGCUCCCGCCUGCCGCGGACGGGCAGGGCACCGGUAACCAGCGUGUAUUAAAGAUGAAUCUGUUUGUAUGUAUCCUUAUCAAAUAUAUUCUAUGAUGAAAUUAAAUCUGAAAAGGAUUUCUUAUCGACCUAUAAUCAUGAAACUAUAUAAAUUAAAAGAUUUAAAAUUA